GAGUGGGUCGGUCUUGGAGAGUUAUUUACUGCCAAGGCGUUUGAUAUUACCACAAAGCGUGAGGGACAGCGGCAAAUUUUCCGCAUCCAUACCUUCAACAUGUCCCGUGAACGUGUACCGUUCUUAAAAGCCUACCCCAAGAGGUGCCCCUUGGGGUACAUAGCCCCAUUCGAUUGAGAUCUCAGGCUCGAUGACCCAUUAAGGAAAGAUGGGCGAAAAUCCGGGAAGGGGAAUGCCGAUAGAAAGUGGGCCUAGGUACUUUCAGCUGAAGGCACAACAAGCCAAAGUUUAUGCCUAUAUAUACGGACAGAAUUUUCAGCCGGACUUUCUGUGCUACAUUGCAGACUUGCCGAAUUGCCUUCACACCCAGGUCGUCACAAAAUGUGGCACACAAAAAAAGCCAACUUUCUCAGCCUCUUCACCCUUCUACUAGGGGCUGUGGAAACCUCUGCUCAAUCUUCAUCUCAAUGGCCCCAACAAACCUUUAAAAGUACCCCACUCGAAGCACCAUACCUCAAUGUCACCAAAAAUGGUAAGACAGAACUGGGAUACCUAUUCUUCUCCCCAUCGAACAGUAACUGGAGCUACCCAACCAUCUACCAAGAUGACGGACAACUCGUCUGGCGAGGUCCAUUGGUCAACACCUCAGCCGAGCAGCCGCAAAUGCUGAACGGCGAACCCGUUCUUGCCUACUGGAACGGCGCCAAUAUCAAAGGCUUCGGCUUCGGCUCCAUCAGUAUCCUAAACAGCUCCUAUGACGAGAUCUACAAAGUCACCCUCCCAGGCACGGAGGAGAAAUUUGUCACUGUCCUGGACCCCGUGACAUAUCCCUCCUACAUCGACAUCCAUGAGAGCCAAAUCACAGACCAGGGGACCAUCCUCGUAACAGCCGUAAACGUCACGCAAAUGGACCUCUCCUCAAUUGGCGGCCCCAAAGACGGCUGGGUGCAAGAUGGCCUCUUCUACGAAAUCGACAUUAAGACCAACGAUGUUCUCUUCCGCUGGAGUACUGUUGAGCAUCUCUCUGAGAUCCCUCUUUCCAACAACGAACUCCCCCUCGAGGGUAAGGGGACGAACAAGACCACUCCCUACGAAUACCCGCACCUGAACUCCGUAGCCAAAUACGGGGAUUCAUACCUGAUCUCCUCCCGAUUCAUGUGCAGUUUCUUCUUCAUCGACAAGAACGGCAAUGUAACCUGGCAUUUGCACGGCCAAAAAGGCGGAGACUUCACCCUAACCCCAGGCACCAGCUUCUGCUAUCAACAUGACCCACGCUUUGGAAGUCAAACAGAAGACAAAAUAACCAUCCAUUUCCACAACAACGAAAAUGCUGAUUUCACAUCCGAAACUGUAAUGACAACGGGCAUGACCAUCGCCCUAGACAUGAAGACCAAGGUCGUAACCCUCGUCGACAAGAUCUGGGACGCUGAGCAGCCUGUCUACGCCGAGUCUCAGGGUAGCUAUCAGAACCUGACCAACGGACACGUGCUGAUGCAGCAUGGCGCGGUUCCGAAGCUAGAAGAAUAUGAUGAGAAUGGUGCGUUGGUUAUGAGGGCCUGGUUUGGGUAUCACGGCGGCACGAAGACGUACAGAGGGUAUCGGUACCCGUGGGUCGGGAAACCCAGAACGAAUCCGGAUGUGGCUGCUUGUUCUGCGGAGGGGAAGAUGGUGGUUUAUGUUAGUUGGAAUGGGGCGACGGAUGUACAGGAGUGGAAGGUUUUAGGGGGAUCAGAGGAAGGAAAGAUGAAGAAGGUUACGGUGGUGCCUCGGAAUGGGUUUGAGACUCGAAUUGCUGUGGAUGAGGUGGUGGAGAAGGUUGUUGUUGAGGCUGUUGGUGGAGUGGGUGAUGGCAGGAGAUCGGAGGUCGUUACCGUUGGGCAGAGUUGUUGAGUUGAUGUUGAGUGCUUAUAAAUGUCUUACUGACAUGCUUACUCUGUAAACACGAUCCAUGUUGGGGGCUGAUAUUGUACCUCAGAUAUAUAUUAAUUCUUGUUAAC